GAUCUCCAUAGUUCGAUUUUAAUCGUUAACACGUGUCGAUAUCGAGCCUCAUAGUAUCGCACUAUUUACAGUUGACAAAUUCAUAACCAGAAAGGACUAAAAAUUUAUUAAAAGAAUUUUACAGUAAUAAUAAAGUCGAUCGUGUAAACCAACGCAACGCAAAAUGUAUACUCGAUACUCGCUUCUUGCAAUAGUUAUUUGCUCCUUUUGGCGAAUUAGUUAUGCGAACUUUCCCGAUGAUCCGAAGCCAUGUAGAUUUGGAGAUGAGGAUUGUUUAUUAAAAGCUAUCAACUUUUAUUUACAUGAUAAAAAUCAAGGAGACGCUGCGAUAAAUCUAUUAAAAAUUGAUCCAAUCGAUGCUGGCACAUUUACACUCAAACAGGGGGCUGAUAACCCUGUGAACAUUGAUUUAACAUUUAGCAACAACAAAAUUUACGGCGUUGGUAGUGCCACUGCGUACAAAGUUAGAGGUUUCGGCAAAGAUUUAGCCAAAAAGCACGAGUUACGUUUUAAAGUACCCAAAGCUGAGUUGAUCGGUGACUAUAAAAUUCAAGGACGUGUUUUAAUACUACCCAUUAGUGGUUCGGGAAAAAAUAACAUCACAAUGGUGGAUUCUGAGAUAAUACUUCAAUGGGUGGGUGUGCCGGCGGAGAAGGAUGGUGAAACUUAUAUGAAAACCGACAAGUUCAGAGCAAUCGUUAAGCCCAACAAAGUAAUUUACGAAUUUCAAAACCUUUUCAAUGGCGACAAAGUAUUAGGGGAUAAUAUGAAUUUAUUUUUAAAUGAAAACUGGAAGGAAAUCUUCAAUGAAGUUGAAGCCACAUUUUCCAUAGAAUUAUCUAAGCUGAUGGGAAAUAUUGUCAGUCAAGUUUUUUCAAAAACGCCAUACAAUAAAUUAUUUGUAGAGUAAAUUGAAGAAUAAUAAAAUCGAGAUAUAGUAAAUUGUACAAAA